UAGCUUGGGGGUAUUUGCAGGAUGUUGGAUGGAAACCAAGGCAACGGGACGCUGUUCCUCCCCUUUCUGCACUUUCUCGAAAUUAAAUCUCUGCAGCGCGUGCAUGAAACUAACCAGGCCAAAUGUAAACAUGACGUUGUUCGCGUUGAACAUGCUUUAAGAAGACUUCAUCAAAGUUUUGGACUGUUUGUCUUAACAAGGACAACAAACAUGUCAGAAAAGGAAGAGCAGUUUUCUGAGGAUCUCAGAGUGCAGUAUUUGGGAGAAAUACUGUGCCGGAUGCUUAAUCUCCAAACUAAUACGUGGGAAAAAUGUGUCAACCUUGAACAAAAUCAAAUACUUUUUACAAAGUUUUUCGAAACAAGUACAAAUCUGUUAUUUUUCACCUCGACGGCGUCCAGUGAGCUUACAGUUUCUACAGAGGUUUGUCAUCUUUCUGAGCGCAAGAAUGUUUACAUUCUCAAGAAGGAAAAUGUACCCAUCUAUCCAGAAAACUGUAAGGGUUCUUUACUCUUUGGGGUUGUGUCACCCACCUUUCUGGCACAGCUGUCAGACACAAUGGAGAAGGUCUAUUUGCCGGUUCUGUCUAACAAGAAGAAUCACCAGAUAUGGCCAAGGACAAUAUCACAGGAUGUGAUGAAACACAUAGAGAAUUUGCAAAGCAAGAUGUCUGUUGUGAGAGGACAGUUGUAUGGAAAAACCAUUUUGCCAUUCCCUGCCAUCAGUGACUGGUUGGACCGCUGUGAAGAGGAAACUAUCACACUACAAGAUAGUCACAAUAGAGCUGGAAUAUAUGCAAUAGAGUCAAUGGUCAUCAGCUGGACACACAUGAUUCAUAAAGUCUUAAAAGAAGAUUCUGGUGAUUUGAUUGUAAAGGGACUGAACCCUGGACCACAAGCUGAACUUGACUUCUGGAGUUCCAGGAAAACAAAUAUACAAAGUAUUCAUGAACAGCUUCAGAAUCCAGGUGUUCAGAAGAUGAUGAGAAUUCUGGAAAUAAUAGAAAGCAGUUAUUUCUCACCAUUCAAAACUGUAACGGAGGACGUUUUAAAAGCUUUGCAGGAGGCCAAAGCUAUAGACCUUCACCUUCAACCCCUGAGAUCACUGCUAUCUCAAAUAGAAGAAAAAGACUUCUCAUCUCUCCAUGCACUCAUCCAACCAGUCUUUCAUGUGAUAUUUCUCAUAUGGUCCCACUGCUUAUUUUAUCAUUCGCCGAGUCGUAUCGUUGUGCUGCUGCAGGAGCUACACAACCUGCUCAUUCAGCAGGCCACUUCAUAUCUCCAUGCAGAAGAACUGAUGAGAACAGAGACUGAAGAUGCCAUGGAGAAGUUGCAGAUUGUGGUGGAAGUUUUUCAGCACUGCAGGGAAACAUUUAGGGAAUACAGAGCGAAAGUGGCUGCUUUGUCCAGUCCCUGCAGUACACAGAAGUGCUGGGAUUUUCCACUGGCUCUUGUUUUUACCAGAUUUGAUGUCUUCUUAUCACGGGUUUCACAGCUGAAGGGUUUUUUCUCCACGGAGCUGGAGUUUCAGAGGUUGGAGAAGCUGAUGUUUGGAGGACUCAGAGGAAGAGUUUACACUGAGCAGGUCUCACUGCUUCACUCAGAGUUUCUCCAGCUCUGCAAAGUAAUACGGGACUGUGAAUACAAUCCCCUAGAUUUCACUUCUCAGGAAUUUGACAAAGACUACAUGAAUUUCCAAGAAAAGGUGGCAGAUUUUGAUCAACGACUCUCCCGAAUUCUACAUCUGGCCUUUCAAGAUUGCUCAGGAUUAGAAUCUGUUUUCAAAUUGGUAGCUGUGCUCAAACCCCUCUUGGACAGAGACACCAUAAAGGAAAAUUUUACUUCUAAUUUCACCAAAGUUAUUCAGCUUCUGGAGGAGGAGCUGGACAGAUGCAAACACCUGUUGGAUUCUCACCUUGAACAGAAAAAGAAAAACAAACUGCACUUGAGCAAGAACAUGCCUGAAAUGACAGGAACGCUGAAGUGGAUAAAAAUGCUUCGGGAGAGAGUUCAAAUCCCCUGGAAGAAUUUCAGUUUGGUUUUUGAUAUGUCUAUGGAAGAAGCAGAGAUGGAGGUGGUCUAUCAUAUGUAUGCUGAGAUGUCCACACGCUUAGAUGAGUACGAGAAGCAUGUCUAUUUUAGCUGGUGUAGAGAUAUUGAUCAAGUCUGUCAGAUGAACCUGGAUCGACCCUUGAUCGUAAGAGAUCCCAGUACUGACCUACUGUCAGUAAAUGUCAAUCAAGAGCUGAUUGCUGUGUUGAAGGAUGUGAAACAACUGAAAAUUCUUAAUCAGUCAGACAUCCCGUCUGCUGCUAUAAAGGUGUAUGAGAAUAGGGAGAUCUUUUUUAAGAACCUUGGGAGCCUACAUUUACUGGUGCAAUGGUAUAACAAGAUAAAACACACAACCCUUGAGGUGGAAGCUCCUCUCAUUAAGAAAGAGUUGGAAACUAUUGACCAGCAGCUCAAUCGAGCAGAAACUGAGCUUACAUGGCAAGACCAGAGCUGCUGGGACUACAUAUGUAUUCUGAAGGACACCAUCUAUCAGCUGGAGAGAAGACUUCAGAAAACCAAAGACAAUAUUGGAGUUGUGGAAGAUCUGAUAAAUGGAUGGAGCAAACAGUCAAUGUUCAGCAGGAAGGACAACAGGAAAGACACAUUACUGCAACUUGAAGAUAGAGCAGCACGAGUUGCAAAGUGUUACAGUAACAUCAGGAAUGAUGGAGAAACAAUCCAUAAGUUAUUACAGGAGAACAUGGUCCUCUUUAAAGUGGAGGGUUCCUCAGGCAUGUGGAAAGCUUACUUGGAGUAUGUGGAUGAUAUGGUGGUGGAGGGAUUUUUUCGUGCUAUCUCUACUUCUCUGGAGUUUCUCGUUGAUAAUAUGGAGACAUCAGUAGGGCAGGCUCCACUGUUUGAGGCUCAGAUGCUGCUAACGGGAUCUGAGAUUACAUUUAGACCCUCUCUGGACCGAGAUGUUGGAGAUGGACUUUAUGAAUUGGUGGAAGAGUUACUGGGAGAUGUUUUUAAGAUGUCCACGCAGGUGAAGAGGCUGGCAGCUCAUCUGGGAAUGGAGGACUACCAGCCUGAUGUCGAGGACAUGUUGGACCUCUUGGAUCUCAGAAAGGAAGUGAUGGAGAAAGUUGAUAAUGUCAUGAAGAAAGCCUUAAAAUACCAGAAAGCAUUUAACGGCUACGCUCCCCUGUGGCUUGAUGACAGGGUUGAGUUUCUCAGGCAGUUCCUCAUGUAUGGUCAUGCACUAACAGCUCAGGAGGUAGAAAUAUAUGGUGAAGAAGAUGCAUUUCCAGAAAAUCCUCCCACCACAGUGCAAUUCAAAGAGCAGAUGAAUCAUUAUGAAGAAGUGCAUGCUGAAGUCAGUUGUUUGGAGGACUGGCAGGUGUUCGAGGGCUGGUUUAAAGUGGAUAUCCGUUCAUUCAAGAUCAGUCUUUUAAACAUAGUGAAUAAAUGGAGCUGGAUGUUUAAGGAGCACUUGAUAUCCUACGUUACGGAAAGUAUUAGUGAACUGGAAGACUUUAUUCUCCAGGCCGAAUCAAGGCUUAAAGUGCCAGUGCAUAUUGGAGACUACCAGGCUCUUGUGCAGGUCAUGGGUUACCUGCUAGCUAUUAGAAACAGACAGCCUGGGACAGACCAGCUUUUUACACCCAUCCGAGAUGUGGUCGCUCUCUUGAAGCAGUAUGGAGAAACCUUACCUGACAGUGUUCAUGUACAGCUUGAGAAGUUGCCAGAGAAGUGGAAGAGCUUGAAGAAGUUGGCGUGGACAGUGAAACAUGAGGUCGCUCCUCUUCACGCUGCAGAAGUGGUCAUCAUCCGCAGGAAGUGUGUAGACUUUGAGAAAAAGCUGAAACAUUUUCGAGAGAGGUUCAAAACAGAAGCACCCCUCCAAUUCGCCACAGAGAAACCAUACACUCGCCUGGAUAAAUGUCAUAGGGAGAUGAUUGUUUUAGAAGAAGAGAUGGCAGAUCUCCAGAAGUCCUGCAAGCUGUUUGACGUGACCUGCCCUGAUUCAAAACAUCUCAAGCGCUGUCAGAGAGACAUUACUGUUUUAAAACAGCUCUGGGAUCUACUGCUGUGUGCUCAGAGUAAUAUUGCAGCGUGGACUGGAACUAGGUGGAGAGAGAUCAUUGUGGAAAACAUGGAGACAGAACUGAGAAGGUUUACAAAAGAAAUGCAGGUUCUUGAUAAAGAGUCCCGUAAUUGGGACGUGUUUGUCGGUCUGGAUCAUGUACUCAAGGAUCUGUUAGCUUCUCUCAGGGCUGUGACAGAACUUCAGCACCCGUCUAUGAGAGACAGGCACUGGGCUCAGCUGAUCAAGACUACUGGGAUUGACUUUACCCUAACUGAAGAAACAACUCUUGAGGAAUUACUGGCACUGCAGCUUCACAGAUAUGAGGAUGUGGUGCACAGUACAGUGGGCAGAGCGGUCAAAGAGAUGUCCACUGAGAAGGUUUUGGCAGAAAUUACCCAGAUAUGGGUCCGGAUGGAGGUUUCUUAUGAGGUUCAUUACCGCACCUCAACACCACUCCUGAAAUGCAGUGAUGAACUUACAGAGCAUCUGGAGGAAAGUCAGGUGCAGCUUCAGGUUUUGCUGAACACUAAACAAGCAAAGUUUUUCCACGAGCAGGUGUCUGCUCUUCAGGCCCAGUUGACUCUGGCUGACUCAGUGCUGUUGCUGUGGCUGGAGGUACAGAGGACCUGGGCUCAUCUUGAGAGCAUCUUCAUGGGCUCUCAAGACAUUUGCCAGCAGCUGCCAGAGGAGACGCAUCAGUUCAGUGCCAUUGAUUCAGACUUCAAGGACCUCAUGUUCAAAAGUACCAAAACAAAAAAUGUAAUUGCUGCCACCAGCAAGCCCAGUCUUCUUCCAAUGCUUGAAGAUCUCCAAAAGAGAUUGGCUGUAUGUGAGAAAGCAUUAGCCAAAUACCUGGAGACCAAGAGAGUGGCUUUCCCUCGAUUCUAUUUCCUGUCCUCAGCAGACUUACUGGACAUCCUUUCCAAAGGCAGACAGCCCAGACAGGUGAUCUGUCACCUGGGUAAGCUGUUUGACAGUAUGAGCGAUCUGAAGUUUUCUGACAAGGAGGAGAAAAACACAACAGCAGUUGGGAUGUUCAGCAGAGAGAGAGAAUAUGUAUCUUUCUAUGCGCAGUGUGACUGCAUUGGACCGGUUGAGCUCUGGCUGACUCGUCUGGAGGAUGUGAUGAGGGAGGAAAUAAGAAGGCACAUAGCUGAAGCCGUUGUUGUCUAUGAGGAGCGCUCGAGGGAACACUGGAUACUUGAGCUGCCCGCUCAAGUGGUCCUUACUGCCUCUCAGAUCUGGUGGUCUGCGGAUAUGAAUCUGGCUUUCCAGCGGCUGGCCGAGGGUUUUGAGAUGGCGCUCAGAGACUACAACAAGAAACAGAUUGCCCAGCUAAACUCCUUGAUAAACAUGUUAUUGGGAGAGCUGAACCCCGCUGACAGGCAGAAGAUCAUGACCCUGUGCACCAUCGACGUUCAUGCAAGAGAUGUGGUCUCUGAACUUAUCGCUCAGAAGGUGAGCAGCGCUCAGGCGUUUGCUUGGGUUUCUCAGCUCCGACACAGCUGGGAUGAAGAGCAGAGGCAUUGCUUUAUCGACAUCUGUGACGCCCAGUUUCGCUACUCUUAUGAAUACCUCGGCAACACACCUCGAUUGGUCAUUACACCCCUUACAGACAGGUGCUACAUAACACUCACGCAGUCACUGCACUUGACUAUGAGUGGUGCUCCAGCGGGACCAGCUGGUACAGGAAAGACUGAGACCACUAAAGACCUGGGCAGAGCUCUGGGGGUUAUGGUCUAUGUCUUCAACUGCUCAGAGCAGAUGGACUACAAGUCUAUAGGAAACAUCUUCAAAGGUCUGGCACAAACUGGAGCUUGGGGCUGCUUUGAUGAAUUUAACCGGAUCGCUGUGGAAGUUCUCUCAGUGGUAGCAGUGCAGGUGAAGACCAUACAAGAUGCCAUUCGUAACAGGAGGAAGAGGUUUCUUUUUCUCGAGGAAGAAAUUAGCUUGAAACCUUCUGUUGGGAUCUUCAUCACAAUGAACCCUGGAUAUUCCGGAAGGACUGAGCUACCAGAAAACCUUAAAGCUUUAUUCAGGCCGUGUGCCAUGGUGGUUCCUGAUAUGGAGCUGAUCUGCGAGAUCAUGUUAAUGUCUGAAGGAUUUCAAAAUGCUCAAAUUUUAGGAACAAAGUUCAUCACUCUCUACAGGCUCUGUAAGGAGCUGCUCUCUAAACAGGAUCACUAUGACUGGGGUUUAAGGGCCGUCAAACCUGUCCUGAUGGUUGCUGGAGCUCUAAAAAGAGUGGAUCGGACUAGACCAGAAGAUCAGGUGUUAAUGCAGGCAUUAAGGGAUUUCAACAUGCCGAAGAUCGUGUCUGAGGACGUUCCGGUGUUCCUCGGUCUGAUUCGAGAUCUGUUCCCUGGCGUGGAAGUGGAAAGGUGGACAGAUGCUGAGUUUGAGCAACAAGUCAGACAGACGAGUGUACAGUUGAAGCUCCAACCCGAAGACUCGUUCAUUCUCAAAGUGAUCCAGCUUGAGGAGCUUUUAUCUGUUCAUCACUCAGUGUUUGUGGUUGGUAAUGCUGGGACAGGGAAAAGCCAGAUUCUGAGGACUCUCCACAAAACCUACUGCAGCAUGGGAAAGAAGCCUUUCUGGAAUGAUCUCAACCCUAAAGCAAUAAGCACUGAUGAGCUAUUUGGGUUCAUCCACCCAGCCACUAGAGAAUGGAAAGAUGGUUUAUUGUCACAUUUCAUGCGGGAUCAAGCCAGUAACUCUCACCCCGGGCCGAAGUGGAUUGUUCUGGAUGGAGACAUUGACCCCAUGUGGAUUGAGUCUCUCAACACUGUCAUGGAUGACAACAAGGUUCUUACUCUGGCCAAUAAUGAACGCAUCCCUCUCACACCCUCCAUGAGGCUGCUGUUUGAGAUCAGCCACCUAAAACACGCCACGCCUGCCACCGUGUCCCGCGCUGGCAUCCUGCACAUCAAUCCUCACGACCUGAGCUGGCAUCUAUGUGUUGCGAGCUGGAUUGAUCGAAGAGAAACACAAACGGAGAGAGCGCAUCUGACCAUUCUGUUUGACAAAUACGUCCCGCGCUGCAUUGAAAAAAUGAGAAGCUCCUUUAAGACAAUCACUCCUGUUACUGAGAACAGCAUGGUUCAGACUCUGUGUUCAUUGCUGGAUUAUCUCUUAACCAAUGAGAACAUUCCAGCAGACUCUCCACGAGACGUCUAUGAGAUGUACUUUGUGUUUGCUUGUGUGUGGGCUUUUGGUGGAGCCACUUAUCAUGACCAGCUUCAUGAUUAUCGGACCGAGUUCAGUCAUUGGUGGACCAAAGAGAUGAAAACUGUGAAGUUUCCUGCUCAAGGUUCUGUGUUUGAUUACUACUUAGAUCCUCAUUCCAGACGCUUCCUGCCAUGGACCGACAGGAUUCCCACAUUUGAGAUGGAGCCUGAUACACCUGUACAGGCUGUGUUAGUUCCUACAGUGGAGACGGUCAGACUGCAGUAUUUUUUGGGCAUGUUGCUGGAGACGUCUCAACCUCUCAUGCUGGUUGGUGGAGCAGGCACUGGAAAGUCUUCAGUGGUCAGAAACUUUUUGGAGAGGUUGCCAGAGACCUGUAUGACUGCAAAUGUGCCCCUUAACUUCUACACAACUGCAUCCGUGCUGAAAAAUGUGAUGGAGAAACCUCUUGAGAGGAAGACUGGUAGAAGUUACGCUCCUCCUGGAAACAAGAAACUCAUCUACUUCGUUGACGACUUAAACAUGGCUGCUGUGGACGGUUAUGAAACCUGUCAGCCACACGCUCUCAUUCGCCAACAUCUGGAUUACAAGCACUGGUAUGACAGCCAGAAGUUGACUAUGAAAGAAAUACACAAUACCCAUUAUAUCGCUUGUAUGAAUCCAACAUCAGGCAGUUUCACAGUUAACCCCAGACUUCAGAGACAUUUCACAGUGUUAGCAGUCAGCGCACCCAGCCGUGAGACCCUCAGCUCUAUCUUUGGCUCUAUCCUGAGCCUCCAUCUGCAGAGGUUUCCGUUCAGUCCAGCUGUGGUGAGGUGCGGUCCAGCGAUGGUGCAGGCAGCUGUUGCCUUCCAUGACACUGUGCUUCAGCGCUUUCUCCCCACCUCCAACAAGUUUCACCACAUCUUCAAUCUGUGUGAUCUCUCCCGGCUGUUCCAGGGUCUCCUGUUCUCCAGACCUGAUUGUGUUAGACAGGGAGAAGAUCUGGUUCGCCUUUGGAUCCAUGAAUCCAGCAGGGUGUAUUCUGACCGCUUUUCUGAACAAUUCGACUUGCAGCUGUUUCGUAGGUUACAGAGAGAUGUCGUGCGACAGAUAUCUGAGGAAUUGCAGGAGGAGGCAAUGUUGAAGGAGCCCUUCAUAUACAUGCACAGCAGCGUGAGGUCCGAAGAAUCGUCCUACAGACCCGUUGCUGGAUGGGAGCAGCUCAGCCGUAUCCUCAAUGAGGCUCUGGACAGCUACAAUGAGCUCCACUCUACUAUGAACCUGGUUCUGUUCCAGGAAGCCAUGCAGCACGUGUGUCGGAUCAGUCGCAUCCUGGCAUGUCCAGCAGGUCACGCCCUACUCGUAGGUGUGGGAGGCAGUGGCAAACAAAGCUUGACACGCCUUGCCGCCCAUCUCUCCAACAUGGAUGUGUUCCAGCCCACCCUCAGCAAGGGAUACAGCAUACAGGAUCUAAAGGCGGAUCUGGCCAGACUGUACGUGAAGACGGGGGUAAAAAACGUUCCCACAGUCCUGCUCCUCACAGACGCUCAGAUCCCAGAGGAGCGUUUCCUUGUCAUCAUCAGCACCCUGAUCUCUUCAGGUGAGAUCCCUGAUCUUUUAAGUGAAGGGGAGCUGGAUAAUGUAAGGAAAGCCGUGAGAAGUGAAGUGCGGGAAAUGGGUCUGCUAGACAGCAAUGAGAACUGCUGGCGGUUUUUUAUGAACCGAGUGCGACAGCAACUCAAGGUCGUGCUCUGCAUGUCUCCGGUGGGUAAUACUCUGCGUGUACGUGCCCGGAGGUUUCCAGCUCUGGUGAGUUGCACCACUCUGGACUGGUUUCAGGAGUGGCCCCUGGAGGCCCUGCAGUCUGUCAGCCUGAGGUUUUUACAGAACAUCCCAAGGAUACAGCCGGCCGUUCAGAAAUCCAUCAGUCUUUUCAUGGCCCACGCUCACACCAGCGCCAAGCAGGUUAGCGAGUGUUACUGCCGCAAUGAACGGAGGCACAUCUACAGCACGCCCAGAAGCUUCUUGGAGCAGCUGAGGCUUUACGAGAGUCUCCUGAAGGAGAGAGAGAGGGAGCUACAACUGAGACAUGGCAGGCUUCGGUCCGGCCUUCAGAAACUCAAGAUGACUGCAUCUCAGGUGGAGGAUCUCACAGUCAAGCUGAACUCCCAAGAGGUGGAGCUGACAUUGAAGAACCAGGCUGCUGAAGCUCUCAUGACCAGGAUCGGCCUGCAGACAGAACGAGUGAGCCAAAAGAGAAAAGAUGCUGACCUAGAGGAGCAAAAGGUAGCUGCUAUGCAGGCCGAGGUGUCACGUAGACUGAGAGACUGUGAAAGUGAUCUGGCUAAAGCUGAACCUGCUUUAGAAGCUGCCACAGCGGCUCUACAAACACUAAACAAGAUUAAUCUGACAGAGCUGAAGACGUUUCCCAAUCCCCCGCAGGCUGUGAUUAACGUCACAGCAGCCGUGAUGGUGCUCUUGGCUCCACGCGGGCGAAUUCCAAAAGACCGAGGGUGGAAGGCCGCCAGAGUCUUCAUGGGCAAGGUGGAUGACUUUCUGCAGUCAUUGCUUUCCUAUGAUAAAGAGCACAUCCCUGAAUCAUGUCUGACCGUUGUCAAGCACGAAUACUUGAGAAAACCAGAGUUCAAUCCUGACCAUGUUCGGACCAAGUCCUACGCAGCCGCAGGUCUCUGUGCUUGGAUCAUCAACAUAGUGCGCUACUAUGAGGUGUAUUGUGAAGUUGCACCGAAGCGUCUGGCUCUGGCUCAAGCCAAUGAUGAACUAGAAACUGCUACCACAAAAUUGCUUAGUGUGAGAAAGAAACUGGAAGAUCUGGACAGGCACCUGCAAAGCCUAACAGCUCAGUUUGAGAGGGCGGCGACCGAGAAACUGCACUGCCAGGAGGAAGUGACACGCACCAGCCAGACCAUUGAGCUGGCCAAUCGGCUGGUGGGAGGCCUGCAGGCUGAGAAUGUACGCUGGUCAGAAGGAGAGCUGGAUCUGGAGUCUCAGCUAAAGACAUCGUAUGGUGACGUUCUCCUGGCCGCUGCCUUCGUCUCGUAUGCCGGCUGCUUCACACAACCGUAUCGACACCAGCUCCUUCAUGGCAAGCUGAUUCCUUUUCUCCAAGAGCUCAGGACCCCCAUCCCGCUGUCACACAGUCUGGACCCUGUGUUUACGCUGACCGACCGGGCCGCUGUGGCAGCCUGGCACAACCAGGGCCUGCCAGCUGAUCCACUGUCCGUUGAAAAUGCAGUCAUCCUGAUGUCCAGCCAGCGCUGGCCCCUGAUCAUCGAUCCUCAACUGCAGGCCAGCAAGUGGAUCCGAAACCUGUAUGGGCCUAACAUGAGGGUCCUGCAGUAUGGCCAGAAAGGAUAUCUGGCUGUGAUCGAGCAGGCUUUGGCCUGUGGUGAAGUGGUCCUGAUUGAAAACAUGAAGGAAACUGUGGACCCUCUCCUGGAACCCUUGAUAGGGAGACAAACCCUAAGGAACGGGAGGUUCAUCAGACUAGGCGAUAAGGAGUGUGAGUUUAACAGUGGUUUUCGACUCCUUCUGCACACUAAGCAAGCCAACCCGCACUUUCCCCCGGAGCUCCAGGCGCAGACCACACUUAUAAACUUCACAGUGACGCCCGCUGGCCUGGAGGAGCAGCUUUUGGGUCAGGUGGUCACUCAUGAAAGGCCAGAGCUGGAGAUGAUGAAGCUGGAGUUGAGUACUCAACAGAACAUGUAUCAGAUUGAGCUGAAGAGACUGGAGGAUGAGUUGCUGUGCAGACUGUCUGCAGCAGAGGGCAACUUUCUGCGAGACACAGCUUUAGUGGAACAGCUUGAAUACACCAAGAGCACAGCUAAACAGAUCCACAACAAAGCAAUAGCAGCGAGAGAGAAUGAGAUGAAGAUCAAUGAGGCACGGGAGCUCUACCGACCAGCAGCUGAAAGAGCCACGCUGCUGUACUUCACUAUCAAAGAACUCCACACCAUCAACCCAAUGUACCAGUACUCGCUCACGGCCUUUAACAAAGUGUUCCUCAAAGCCAUUGAGAGAGCUCCAGCAGAUGAAGACGUGUCAGUGCGUGUUUUAUCUCUCACUGAGGCCAUCACCCAUUCAGCCCUGCACUACACCAGCCAGGGGCUCUUCCAGAGGGACCGGCUCACCUUUCUUAUCCACACCGCCCUCCAGAUUCUCCUGAUGAGAGGAUCUGUUGAGCCUCAGGACCUUGAACUUCUUUUGCGGUUUCCUGUGGAAGUGUGUCAGAGCAGUCCAGUCAGCUUUCUGUCUCUACAGGCAUGGGGAGCCAUUAUGAGCUUAUCCAUGCUGGAUGCAUUCAGGGGUCUGGACAGGGAUGUGGAAGGUUCUGCCAAACGCUGGAGGAAACUUGUAGAGUCAGAAUGUCCAGAAAGAGAACGUCUCCCUCAGGACUGGAACAACAAAACCCCCAUCCAAAAACUCAUCAUUCUCAGAGCUAUUCGGCCUGACAGGAUGACCUAUGCUCUCAGAAAUUUUAUUGAGGAGAGUUUGGGGCCCAAGUAUGUGGAUGCUGGUCGAAUGGAGUUUGAAAAGUGUUAUGAGGAGUGUGGACCUUCAACACCAGCGUUCUUCAUUCUGUCUCCUGGAGUCAACCCCCUUAAAGAUGUAGAAACACUUGGGCUGAAGCUGGGCUUUACCACAGACAUGGGGAACCUUCAUAAUAUCUCCUUAGGUCAAGGGCAAGAGAUUGUGGCAGAGAGAGCGCUCAAGACUGCAGCUGAGAGAGGACAUUGGGUCAUACUGCAGAACGUUCACCUGCUGUCAGGUUGGUUGGGUCGUCUAGAGGAGCUGUUGGACAGCACAGGCCGUCACUCUCAUUCAGACUACCGAGUGUUUAUGAGUGGAGAACCAGCAGCCAGUCCUCAUGAGCACAUCAUUCCCUGUAACAUACUGGAGAAGUCACUCAAACUCACAGCUGAACCGCCCACCGGCAUGAGAUCCGGCCUUCAUGCAGCUCUCGAUAACUUCACACAGGAUACUCUGGAGCUGUGUUCUCAUGAACGAGAGUUUAAAGGCCUGCUUUUCUCUCUCUGUUAUUUUCAUGCCUGCGUGAGUGAGAGGAGGAGGUUUGGGCCUCAGGGCUGGAACCACAGAUACCCGUUUAAUAGUGGAGAUCUCACCAUAUCCAGCAGUGUGCUGUACAACUACCUGGAGGCAAAUGCUAAAGUACCAUGGGAGGAUCUGUGUUAUCUGUUCGGGGAGAUCAUAUAUGGAGGACACAUCACAGAUGAGUGGGACAGAAGACUCUGCAGUACUUACCUCCAACAGUUCAUUAAUCCCAAGAUGUUUGAAGAGGAGCUAUUUCUGUGUCCUGGCUUUCCGGUUCCUCCUGAUUUGGACCACAUUGGAUAUCACACCUAUGUGGAUGAGAGAUUGCCUGUGGAGAGCCCUGGUCUUUAUAGCAUGCACCCUAAUGCCGAGAUCGAGUUAAUGGCAGCCACAUCGGAUGUCCUCUUUAAAACCCUGCUGGAACUUCAACCCAGAGAUUCAUCAGCAGGAGAGGGAACAUCACAGUGCAUUGACGAGAAGGUGAAGAGCGUCCUGGACGAACUGCUGGAUAAGUUGCCUGAGGAAUAUAAUAUGGCAGAGCUCAUGACUAAGACGGCAGAGAGGAGUCCGUAUAUCUUGGUGUGCCUGCAGGAGUGUCAGCGAAUGAAUCUGCUACUGGCAGAGAUAAACAGAUCAUUAAAAGAACUGGACCUGGGAUUGAAGGGAGAAUUGAGUCUCUCUUCAGACAUGGAGAUGCUCCAGACAGCAUUGUUUUAUGACAGUGUUCCUGAAAGCUGGAGCAGACUGGCGUAUCCUUCAACCAAAACACUCGCCCUGUGGUUUAGUGAUGUUCUGGCCCAGUGUCGAGAGCUGGACACCUGGACUCAAGACUUUGUAUUUCCAGCAGUAGUUUGGAUCUCUGGACUCUUUAGCCCUCAAUCCUUUCUUACAGCGAUUGUGCAGAGCAUAGCUCGCAAGAACAAGUGGCCUUUAGAUAGGAUGACUCUGUCUGUGGACGUCACCAAGAAAAGCAAAGAGGAUUAUGGUCAUCCUCCACGAGAGGGAGCGUACAUCCAUGGACUCUAUAUAGAGGGAGCUGGUUGGGACAGCGCGUCAGGUGUGUUAUCAGAAGCUGUUCUCAUGGACUUGACUCCAGCCAUGCCAGUGUUGUACAUCCGUGCUGUACCAGCUGACCAGCAGGAGCUGAAAAACACGUACGAGUGUCCGGUGUACCGCACCAAACUCCGCGGCCCCACCUACAUCUGGAGCUUUCGUCUCAAAACACGCCAUCCACCUGCAAAGUGGGUCCUCGCCGGAGUGGCUCUGCUUUUGUCUGCGUAAACAACAGUUCAAUCCGUCCUUAAUCAUGAUGCCAGUAUUAAAAGUAUUUUGUUGAUUAGGAUGCCGAAAAAGAUGUGUUUUAAAAUAUUGAUGCCAAGUUAGAUGCAUCUGUGUAUUGUGUGUGCUUUUUUAAAGCAACACUAUGUAGUUUCCAUGUAAAAAUGACUUACAGCUCCCCCAUGUGGUUGAAAAGCGCAACAGUGCCUGGUAUCAGACUCUCUUCUGCAGGCAGGGGGAAAGGGGCUGUGGUUCCUACCCUCCACCGCCACUUUCAUAGUGUUCUUGUAGCAGCUAGGAGGCUGCUCAGGUUGCAGCAACAGUACAAUUUGUACAGUUAAAAGUUGUUCUAUCACUGAAAUAAUUUUAGGGACAUUAUUUAAAGGUAAAAAAAACUACAUAGUGUUGCUUUAAUGUUCUGUGAUGCUUCAAAUCAAAUAGAAAUGUUAUAAUAUGUCAUAAUUGUGUUCACUACUGGAUGUUAAGUAUUAAGCCUGAGAUUAGCACUGAAUGAUCUUUUCAACUGCCACCACACAAUAGAGACUCCCAGUAGAUUAUCAACCAGACCGAUACUGGUUUUAAAUCAGAUAUGUUUGACAUUGACCUUCCUCGUCCGCUGCAUACAGAUAGAUCAGUGAGAUUCAUCUCACGUUGUCAGCAUGUUAUCUUUAUUGAAUGAUGUGUUUGAUCUCGUCCAUUUCUUUCCCAAUCUCUCUGCACUGAACUGUAUGUGUUUUUGUUCAGUAAUAUUUUAUAAGGCAUUAAACAGUGUUGUGAAAUUCA